UGCAACGUCACGUUUGUAUGCGGAAGUGGUCACAGCUGAAGUCGCGCUGGUGAAUUUUCACCAGUAUUUUUUAGUUUUAGUUUUUUUGGGGGGUCAGAAACUACUCACAGUUUGAUUGUUCAAAAUGCUGAAGGCGGUUAUUUUAAUAGGCGGGCCUCAGAAAGGCACAAGGUUUAGGCCGCUGUCAUUUGAAGUUCCCAAACCCUUGUUUCCAAUCGCCGGUGUGCCCAUGUUGCAGCAUCACAUCGAAGCCUGUGCCAAGGUACCAAAUAUGAAGGAGAUACUACUCAUUGGGUUUUACCAGCCUAAUGAUGAACUCACCAGAUUCCUUUUCAAUGCUCAACAGGAAUUUAAAAUUUCCAUCAGGUAUUUACAGGAAUAUGCGGCCCUGGGUACUGGAGGAGGCAUCUAUCACUUCCGAGAUCAAAUCAUCGCCGGUGGUCCCCAGGCUUUCUUUGUUUUUAACGCUGAUGUGUGCUCAGCCUUUCCUCUGACAGAGAUGCUCAGCUUCCAGAAAGAACACGGAGAACCAAACAGCUUUGUUAUACUGGGAACGACGGCAAACAGAAAACAAUCCCUGAAUUACGGCUGCAUAGUUGAAAAUGAGGAAACAAAUGAGGUUUUGCAUUAUGUGGAAAAGCCCAGCACAUUUGUGAGCGACAUCAUCAACUGUGGUAUCUACCUCUUUAACCCAGAGAUUUUCCAGCAUAUUGGAGCAGUUUUCCAAAAAAAUCAACAAGACAUGAUGCUAGAGGAGACGAACAAUGGUUGGCACAGAGCAGAAGCCAUCAGGCUGGAGCAGGACAUCUUCACUGCCCUUGCUGGACAUGGCAAACUCUACGUUUAUAAAACACUCAGAUUCUGGAGCCAGAUCAAAUCGGCAGGGUCUGCAAUUUAUGCAAGCCGCUUGUACCUCAACCAAUAUCACAAAAGUCAUCCGGAAAGGCUGGCUUCAAAUAAAGAUGGCGGCCCUAAAAUAAGAGGAAAUGUUUAUAUUCAUGCUACUGCCAACAUUGACCCCACCGCUGUAUUGGGUCCUAACGUCUCCAUUGGUACUGGAGUUACUAUUGGUGCCGGGGUUAGAGUGCGGGAAUCCAUUAUCCUUCAUGGAGCAACUCUGCAGGACCACUGCUGUGUCCUGAACAGCGUUGUAGGAUGGGAUAGCACGAUUGGCAAAUGGGCACGAGUUGAAGGAACUCCCAGUGACCCAAACCCCAAUGACCCAUACGCAAAGAUUGACAGUGAGACCCUCUUCAGGGAAGGAAAGCUCACCCCAUCCAUUACUAUUCUUGGUUGUAAUGUGUCCAUACCCAGAGAGGUGAUAAUCCUCAACUCUAUUGUCCUGCCACACAAAGACCUCAACCGCAGCUUCAAGAACCAAAUUAUUCUCUAGCUAAUCUUCCUCACACUGUUUCCCCCGCACUCUCAGUUGCAAGGGAUACACACAACGCACCUGAGUUACUGUAUAUAAGAUGUCAGGAGCGACGAUACGGGACAUUCAUUAAGCUGCUUUGAAAGGUAGAUUUUUAUGUAUUUGUCCUCAAGGCUUUACGCGUCAUUGGGUGUCAGUGGUAUUAGGAAGAGCAAUCAUACUUGUUGAUUCACCUUGAAAAGUGCUGUAAGUGCCAGACUUAAUAACUUUACCGAAAUGUUAAAUUACCGGCAGUGCAAGAGUAAUAUACUGUAUCAUAUUUGGUGGAUGUUAAUAUGACGUAUAAAGGGAUUUAUAGAGGAACACAUUUUUUCCUCAAGGAUUAACAGUAAUUGUAAGUGAAUAAAAAUUGACUAGUGGUUAAAAAUUAGAUCUCGUUAUUUGCGUGGCACUUUGAAACAAUUUAGUCGUACGAGUGUCAGUAAAAGCUGACUACCAGCGAAAUUAAUCAGCGAUUUGGUAUUUACAUUGCAAUCAAGUUGGAUAGUUUUCUUUCCGUGUGCAUGCAUAGCGGGGAGGGGGGGGGGGGGCAGACUGUUCGACUGUUCAUAAAAUCAACAGAACACGGUUAAAUCGAGCAUUUGCAUUCACUAGAUGAACCGUACCCAUUGGCGGAUACGGCAUAUUAGCAUUUACUUAAUAAGCUCCUCAACCGUCAUUAUCAACUGUGCACUUUCAAUUUCAAUUAUUGCGGCAUUAGGAAGAAAUGUAAAAUUCAGAUAAUGGAGCCAAAUCCCAUUUCCACUUUAAGUUGGGAUGGUUGCAUAGAACAAAUUAAAACAGAAUAUAAUGUGCAAAUCCUUUUAAAGCGAUGUACACUGCUAAUUCCAGAUAUUUCUUUUUCAAAUUGGGAAACUGUAAUGUUUUUUUUGUUUGUUGUUGUUGCAAAUAUUCUUUUAUUUUAAAUUCAAUAUGCCGGUAACUUGACGGAAUCCCUCCCACCCUCCAAAAAAACAAAAGAAAUUUCAAGGGAAAAAAAAUGCUGUUUCUUUUGCUGUAAAGGUAAAAAAAAAUACUAAAUGACAUUUUAAUAUCAAAAGUGUUGUUGUAUGCAAGGCCCCCUCUGUUCUGUCUGUAAUAUCUUUGUUAUAAGCAUUGUGGCACCCAAAAGGAAGCUAUUUUACUCAUUAUUAAUAUAAGAAUUAAUUGGCGAGUUAAUCAUUUACCCAUCCGAGCAUCAUAAUCAACAUGGGCUACACACAAAAAAAAAAAAUCAUAUCUGCUGCUCCUAAUUACAUUACUAGUGUUUUUUUUUUCAAUUGCACGGCUAGUUUAGUGACUUGCACAUGCAAUUUAGGUGGCAUCCUCGUCAUCAUGAUUUAAAUGCGCUUCUUCUGGGGCCAAAGUUAGCAAUCAAGACUUCUGUACUCCACAGAAGUUCACUGCGAAGAUUUGUUUUUCGCUUGGACUAAAUGCGGUUUACAAAGGGUUUUAUGUAGUCUUUUGGGAGUUUUUUCUUUCUUUCUUUACAAUGGGAACUACGCUCAGUAGUAUCAGGGAAGGACAACCUGUCCAACACAAUUACUGUAUGUCAGUAAAAUAGGUCAGAAGAACUGCACAUCACAACCUUGCAGGUGAACGUAUCAAAGUGGGAAUCAUUGAGGGCGCAGCUACCUUAUGUGCAACGUAGCAUCAACCCAUUUCCUGUAGCGCUUGUGCUCAUUAAGGUCGCAGGAGAGGUGUAGCCUGUACCAGCUGACUUAGAUUGGGAAGCGGGGUACACCAUGAACUGCUGACCAGCUCAUCGCAAGGUACAAUUGCUAAUUUGCAGACCAUUAUUAAUGCAUGUCUCACAAAAACAAAAGUAUACAAAGCUCGUAAGGACCAAGGCCGGGCGAGAAUCGCAAAGCAAAAUGUUUAUAAUUGUCUGAAUGUUUAAAAUGUAAGUAAACUACAAACUGUGAUCCCGAAAUGUAAAUAAACUCAUAUUACAUACCUUUAAAAAAUGAAUUAGAGAUUGUCUAAUGGAAAAAAAAACGUUUGAAGAAGUGCACAUAUUUUGCCCUCACAAUAUUAAUUGUCAGGCAAUAAAGAAAUCUGCCAUUUAUUUGAGUUUGGCUUUGUCUUAAUGGUCAGUCAGAAGACCAAAAGACAAAGACCAUCUUCUUCCACUCACAACCCAGGCAAAUCUUAGAACCUUUUUAACAUGCAAAUGUAUCCAUUCGUCAAACUUCCUCGUCGCUAUUUGCGACUUUCCUAUUAGCCGUGGUUUCGGCGCCAUCUUGUGGUAUCCUUGGGAAUUCCAUGAAUAGCAAAGUUUUUCUGUGACUAGCUGAAAAACUGUGCCAAACAAAUAUGAGCGUUCAUCUGCGAUGACACGCUGUGGCAACCCCUGAUGGGACAAGCCGAAAGAAAGAAAGAAAUUUGAGAAAAGCUUCCACAGAAAAGAAAUGUGAAUUGAUGACACAAAUCAAUGUUUAAUG